GUUUAUCAAGUUUAUAUUUAAACUCGCGGUUCUCGUUCGCGGCAUCAGUCAUCGUUAAUCGUUCGCAGUGUUGAGAAGUAGGAGAUUUGUCAAAAUGAGCGCCUCGCAGUGGGAAAACAAUGAAGAAAUCAAAAUCUUCCGCGAAUAUCUACGCAUACCAACAGUGCAUCCAAAUGUAGAUUACACCGCAUGUGUGGAAUUUUUGAAACGACAGGCUGCCAGCCUAGAACUGCCCGUGGAUGUCGUCUAUCCCGUCAAUGAGAAGAACCCUGUGGUGAUAAUGAAAUGGCUGGGCAGUCAGCCGGAGUUGCCAUCAAUUAUACUCAAUUCUCACACCGAUGUGGUGCCCGUCUUUGCCGACAAAUGGACACACGAUCCAUUCAGUGCCGAUAUUGAUGACGAGGGUAAGAUCUAUGCACGUGGCUCACAGGAUAUGAAAUGUGUUGGCACCCAGUAUUUGGGAGCUAUACGUGCUCUUAAAGCAAGUGGCUAUCAACCGAAGAGGACUAUUUAUCUCACCUAUGUCCCCGAUGAAGAAGUUGGUGGUCAUUUGGGCAUGAGGGAACUCAUCAAAGGCGACUACUUUAAGAAAAUGAAUGUGGGUUUCAGCUUUGAUGAAGGAAUUUCUAGCGAAGAUGAGACUUAUGCUGUAUAUUAUGCUGAACGCACUUUGUGGCAUUUGCAUUUAAAAUUUAGUGGUACAGCUGGUCAUGGCUCCCUUUUACUGCCAAAUACUGCCGGCGAAAAGCUCAAUUAUGUUGUCAAUAAGUUCAUGGAGUUCCGUAAAUCUCAGGUUCAGCGUUUGGCCGAUGAUUCAACAAUUGAUAUUGGCGAUGUGACCACUGUGAAUCUCACUCAACUAAAAGGAGGCGUCCAAAGUAAUGUGGUUCCUCCACUUUUGGUGGCAGUCUUUGACAUUCGUAUUGCCGUAACCGUGGAUGUGGCUGCCUUUGAGAAACAAAUUCGUGAUUGGUGUGAGGAAGCUGGAGGCGGCAUUGAGCUAGAAUUUGAGAUGAAAAACCCAGUCGUGAAACCCACCAAGAUCGAUGCUACAAAUCCAUUCUGGCUGGCCUUCAAGCAAACGUUGGAUUCACUGGGCUUGAAAACUCGAGUUCGCGUCUUUCCCGGUGCCACUGACAGUCGUUAUGUUCGCCAUGCAGGUAUUCCUGCCUUGGGUUUCUCUCCCAUAAACAAAACACAGAUACUGCUACACGAUCACGAUGAAUAUCUUCGUGCCGACACUUAUAUCCAUGGCAUUGAGGUCUACAAGAAACUCAUUCCAGCUGUUGCUGAUGCCUAAGCAACGAUCAAUUCCAGAAAAAGAUGUGCAUUUAAUAUUUGAUAUUUUUUUUUACCAAAUGUGCUGUGUCUCAAUGAAAAACUGUUAUCUAGCAAUACUUUCAACAUUUUAAUAAAAGGCAUUUUAAUAACAUAA